AUGCCCCACAACCAACAGAAACACAAGUUGAGCCCUGAAGUGACAGACCGGAUGGAACCCGCAGGCAAGGACUUCCAGAUGACCGUCGCGGCAGUGCCCGAGGGCUCUGAGAAACACCAACCACCGAGAGCAAGCGGCCCUUCCCGGGCUGGGCCAAGGCCCGGCCCGCGACCGCGGCUCCGCGAAGGGCCACCGCGGCUCUCGCACGCCCGCCCGCCCCCGGGCCCGCUCGCGUCCCCCGGCGCCCCAGUCCUCCCGCCGGCGCACAGCAGCACUGACAGUUACGGCGGCGGCAGCCGCGGCCACCAGGGCCUGCUGCUGGCACCGGCCCCUCCACCCCACGCGCCCCCCAACACGCGCCCCGGGGCUGGGGGCGUCCCUGCCCUCGCUGGAGCCGGCCCCCGCGGGCCGCUUAGGCGACAGCGGGGCCCCAAGGAGCUGCCACCUGGCGUCCCCAGCCCAGGGCCCGGCUUCGGCCACACCGACCUGUCGUCGCCCCCGCGCCUGGGCUGCGGCCCUCGCAGCAGCGGCUGCCUCACUGGUCGUCGUCGCCCUCGCCCGCCGCCUCCGCCCGCCACCGCCUCGUUCCCUUUCGCUGCCGCCACCGCCGGCGCUCAUGCGGGACCCGCGCUUCUUUCUCCGGAGACCGAGGCCGGGAAAGGGGGCGCCGGGGCCGCAGAAUACCCCGAGCUCGUCGCCAGCCGCCGCUCCGACGCUGCCUGUCCACACCGGGGGGCUGCGGGGCCCGCCUGGCCGCGGCUGGGCUGCGAGCUGCUCCGAGCGCGGCCCCGAGGAGGAGCCGAGGGAGGCGCCGCCGCCCGCGGCCGUGAGCGCCGGGUCGGCAGAGGUGACGCACAAGCGGGGGCGGCGGAGUGCGCGAGGGAGAGGAGGGCGGUGUGUCGAGCUUCCGGCCAGGGGGGAUUCAGGUUCUGUCGUCUCCUGCAGUCACCCCGAGCCCAGUGCCACCAUCUUGGGGAAAACGCGGAUCUCGCGACCGCGGCGAAAGCCGGGAGGAUUGGAGGGGCGGGCCGAGUAUCCCGGCAGGCAGCGCGCGCCACGGGUCUGGCGGCGACUCCGGGGCGGGGACGGGGAGACGCAGGGCUCGGCUCCGCCCCACCCAUGCGCGGCUCCGCCCCCCUCCCGAUCGCCGUCGUCGCCUGCGCAGGGGGCGUUGGGAAGGGGAAGUGGCUCGCGGCUCUCGGAGUCCCACCAGGAUCGGUCGCCAUCUUGAUGCCGGGAGGAGGGGGCAGUACCUCCCGAGACCCGCUGCUGUCCGUCGCCCCACAGAAAGAAGGGAUCGCGCCCCGGAAACCCCGUGGAGCCCCUGGGAGUGUCGGAGAGCCCCCCGUUCUUCCCAACCGAGGACUGUGCCGAAAUGUGGUCGCUCCCCAUUUUGUUGGGGGGACGAAUUGGGUCCCCAUUUGGAAACGAUGAGCAGCUAUAUUUCAUGGGAAAGAUCAGUUAAAAUCACCAUCUUUUAAGGACAUAUCUUUAUGUGUUAUCAAAAUAGGCAAAUGGGAAUGAAAGUCUUUAAAGACUUUGAGUAAUUAAAUCAACGUGGUACUACAGUGUCUAGCGUGUAAGAACACACUUCAGCUAUUCUACUUCCUCUUAAGCAGCAACUGAAUAAAUGAAAUGUAAUUUUAUAAUGACCUGGUAUAUCAAAACGUGGCAGAAAUCGCUGAGUCCCCCACCCCCCCAAAAAAAACUGCAUAAAAAUAAGUAAACUCUGCUCUCAGUUAAAAGUCAGAAGGACUAUGGAGUUCUUUACCAGGACCAAGGGAGAAUCUGGAGAAGGUAUCCACAGCCCUCAAGUUCAUGAAUAUUAAACAGGUGUUCUUGAGUGACACUGGAGGCAGACGCUGCGAGGACCCACUGUGCUCUUCGCCUUAUCCAUAUUCAAAUUCCGAAGUGUUUGCUGGUAAAAAAAAAAAAAAAAAAAAAAAACCCAGCACGAAUAUUGUCAGCAAUUCUCACAAUGCUCAUAGUGUUCCAUCUCCAUGUUUUGUGAAUAAAAUUUUCUCCCCAGUGAGGCCCCUAUUUUUCUUCAGUGUGUUUUUUCCAGAAAAACACCUGAGUUCCUACUGACCAGUGAAAUUUUUAGACUUCGAGUCAGAAUGAA